AUGGUGCUCUUAUUCGGUCGUCCUUUAAGUGCCAUGUGGCAGAUGCAGAUUGGGUGUGGUGCUCCAUACGACGGAGUCGAUGUCGUCUUCUCUCGACAAAACCAAUCUCCCCUCGAUCCCCCCCUCGCCGCCAUCGCCACCAUUCUCUCCUCCGCCAGAUUCACUUCUCUCACCUUCAUCACCGGCACUCUUACCUUCUCAAAGCGAUUCUACUUGGAGACCUGGAAACUUAUAUACGUGAUUGUGCCGUUGGGACACCAUGAGAUCAAGUGUCUUGUUUCUGUUUCUUUCAUAGCAAGACAUGGUGGUGACCGCUUUUUACUAGAUACAGUGCAGAAAAUGUAUGCAUCUUUUCAAGAGAACUCCAGCAUUAUUGCCGAUCCCAAAUCAUCUAAAAGGACUAUCAGCCAAGAAGAGUCAGCUGAAAUUGCCAAAGAGAAGAUUCCAUCAACUAACUGGACGUUCUAA